AAUCUGUACCUUUUUUCGCAGCCCAAGAGGAGAAAAUGGCAGUUAAUGCUCCGAUACCAUUCCGGAGUAUCUUUUAUCGAGGAUAUGGUGGAUGCGAUGGUGAAUGCAAUGAACAUAUAUUUAACAGAAUUGUAAAUGGAAAAGCCACCAUCAAAGAAGUUGUGGCCAACAUUCUAGAAAGUAACCAAGAAAAGAGGUGGUCUUUGACCUUCAAAAAGUUACAACAUCGUCAGAUUUUAAGACCGCUCACAACCUUAAUGAAAAAUAUUAAAAAAAUGAAAAUUUCAAAUUAUGCCAUAAGGCAAAAGAAAAAGGAAGGGGGGUCACCAACCCCAGAGAAAUGUGUGGUUGAUGAAGAACAACUGAAAAAAAUUCUCUUGGCAACAGAAAACACAGAAAUUGAAAAAUUGCUGCUGAACCAAGAGUUUCAGAAUGUCAGCAACCCGGUAAUGGAUGAUACCCCAGUGGACUGGAAUGAAGUUUUUGCCACUGUUUGGGGGAUAGUCCGUAGAGUUAUUCCUCAGAAAAUAUGGGGCUCACGACAACAUGGGGAUCAUAAAACUAAUCAUCAAGACUAUUAUCCUCGGGUAUAAACAAAGUUGUACUUGGAUCACUUGUUGAGAAAAAUCAACAUCGAGGAUAUCAGGUGGACUAAAAUGCUUCGUCCUAAGGACUCAAAGUUGAUUAUAGAAAAAUUUUUUCAUUGGGUAGUUGAAAAAAUUAUCCUCUUUGUUUUGAAAAGCUGUUACUAUAUAACAGAGGGUCAAUACCCUAACUAUGGUUUUCAGGUAUUUUAUUUUAAAAAAAAUGAAUGGCAGCGUAAGAAAACAGUUGCAAUGGGUAGUCUGUCAAAAAAAAAUGUAAAAAUUGAACCUAGAGAGAGCCGUUACUGUUUUCCUAAAACACCAUUGAUCAGGUUUAUACCAAAAGGAAAAGGUGUAAGACCUCUGAUUGCAAUAGGGAAUGGAUGUCUAAGUAAUGAAGAGUUAACUCGCUCUCGAUUGUUGGUUGAGCAUUUGAUAAGGAAAAGGAAAUAUAAUACCUUUUCCUUAUCAUUUGCAGAUGCAUGGCAAAGCUAUGUAACAAAACUGGAAGAAAUUUCAGUCUCCAGCCCUCUAUAUUAUGUCCGUACAGACAUAAAAGGGGCAUUUGAUUCCAUAUCCCAUGAAAAACUAUUGGAGUUGUUGUGGGAACAAAUAGAAGAAUUACCACAAACUCUUCAGUUUGAACAAUACAUGUGCGAGAUGGGGAGAAAUGUUAGGAAAAAAUAUAUACCCUUAGAAAAUAAGAGAGAAAACGAAGAAGAACUUAUGAGGAGAAAGGGUUUCAGUCUAUUAAAUAGACAAUUAAUCAUUAAUCCUCGAAGGAUUUUUUAUAAGAUAAAAGAUUAUGUAAUGAACCAAUUCUUUAGAGAAGGAAAAAAUUAUUUUUCAUUAAUUUGUGGGUUAGCUCAAGGUGGCAAGUUAUCUUUUCAUCUCAGUGAUUUGUAUUAUAGCACAAUGUUGGAGACAUAUUUUGAUGAUUACAGCAAUGAAACCAGUAUGUUAGUAAAGAAGGCAGAUGAUAUCCUAUUUGUUUCUGUCCUUCAUAAAGAGGCAGAAAAAUUCUUGGGUAGAAUUCAGUCUGGUAUACCAGAAUUUAAUUGCAUUAUUAAUGAGGCAAAAACAUCUCACAAUGUGCUUGAAAGAUAUAAACAGCGCACCGUUUUUAAUGGAGUGGUUGUAUGUUUACACUCAAGACAGUUAUUUGUAAAUGUCUGUAGCUUGGCAAAUAGAUAUCCAAGGUACACUUUAACAUUAAACUGUCGUGAUGAACCUGAUAAAUUUGUUGAAACUCGCCUGAGACAAGUAAGCGCAGCACGUCUAACUUUGGAAGUGCUUAAUCCGGCAUACACCACACAUACAGGCAUUGUAAAAAAUGUCUGGCGUACUGGUGUAAUGGCUGGGGCAAGGCUUAUUCCAUUGUGGAAUGUUGUGCUUGUUCCAAGAGGGCCUGUAAAUGGUGAAAUUGUUGCUAAAACUGUUCUUAAAGUAGGAAAACAAAUGUUCAAACGUGUAGAAAAAACGUUCGAAUGUGUCAAUGCAGAAUUGUAUCUAUGUAAAGAGGUAAUUUUGGUGGCCUAUAUAAGUGGUGUUUAUUGGAUGCUUCGAAACACACUGUUUUCAACAUGGGUACAAAUUAGAUGUUAUUUGGAGGGCUACCUAAGAAUGUUACGACAAGCAGUGCCCCAUGACCAAUCUGUAUUCUUGCCAAAUUUGCUACUUUAGAUAUUUAUGCCCAUACAUAGAUACUCAUACUAAUUUUGCAUAUUAUGAUUUAUAUAUUUUGUGUGCUCUUUACUUUUGUGUUUUAUUGCUUUGAAUGGCUCACUUCUUCGAAUCAUUUGUAUUAACCAGUCAAAUGUAAGCUGGGCCAAUCUUUGAACUUAGUUCUUGGCUUACCAAUUAGUGCCCUGUGCCAGCACCCAUAGACAAGGCAAGGAGAGGGCUCACUGAGUCACUCCUACAGAAUGUGCCUGCUUACUACUGCAGCCAUACAUAUUGUGUUCCUACCAUUGUGUCUUUGUCUUAGGAUUCAUUAGUUAGAGAUGUUCUUGGUUCAUUAUGUCAAACUCUGAUUCUGUGCACUUAAUUAUACAAGCUUACUUACUAAAGGUGUGAAAAAGGGGGGGGGGGGUGUUUUAUGUUGGGCGGAAUUUUCUAUUUAUUAUUUUUUUAUGAAUUUUCCGUCAUUUCUGUAGUCUCGUAAAUUUACAUUUUGAGUUGCUUCCAGUAAGAUACUGUAUAUCAUUAUAGUGUUCUUAAAUGAUUUACUCAUUUAUUUUCAUUAAUUCACAAUAACUAUUGUCAAAAGUAGGACUGAAAAGUACUGUAUUUUGCAAUGGUGUUGUACAAUCAUUAGCAUUAUUUUCAGAUAUAUUUACUAUACUUUUCAUUAAAGUAUUUUAAUAGAUUCAAAAUAUAUUUUUUGUCUAAAAUAAUCUAUCAUUAUUAUUAAAGACAAACAAUUUCAGGAAAAGAAUAACAGAAUCCAAUUAUAUAAGUAAUUACACAAUUUCAAGAGAGAGAAUGACAGAUACAGAACUUUUCAAUUCUAUUCAGAAAAAAACUUUAAUUAUUUUUUUCCGGAAAAACUUUUUUAUUCUGUGUAAAAAUCCAUUUACAUCACCACUAUUUACUAUGUUUAAGGUUAUAUGGGACUCCCUAAUACCUAGUAUCCUCUUUUACCGAUCAUUAAUAUUAACUGAGUUUAAGGGGAUUAUACUAUGUCGAGAAACAUUUGUUCAGUAGAGUAUGCUAUAAAUUUUUAAUGAAUGGUACUUUAGUUAUCAUCCUACAUUUCCACAGUCUGUGAGCAACACUGAACUGACCAAUUGGUCCACAACUGUUAUUGAGUGUUCCUGCUUGUGAUGCUAUGUAAAUAUAAAUUUUAUUUUAUUUAUAUGAGAAGUGAACACAACUUGCUGUAGACAGUUUUGUGGAAAGUUCUACAUCCUAUACCCAAGACUGUGUGUGAGUGCAUGUAGUAGGCCUGGAUGGAAUAAUUUUUGGGUUUACUUCCUAGGGCCAUCUGUGAACAGUGAACAAUGCAUUUUAAGGUGGUCCGAUUGGAAUUGUCUUCCAUACUCAGAGCAAUCUGUGAAGUCAACUUAGAAAAUCCAUCAUUUUAGAUAUUGUGAAUAUCAGUAACUGUAAUGAACUAAUUGAAAAGGUCCGCUUUAGGUAAAAAUUCACAGUCGUACAGUCAGUCUAAAAAGUCGUGUGAGUUCCGAACCCCGUAAAUAUUCGA